GACCUUAAACCCACUUGUCUUGCCUUGGUAGCUCCGAGAGGGAAAACAAGAAUUCGAGUUCUUGUUUUCUUCGCAUCAAACAUUUUCAUGGCUGACAUUCGUCGUCGUCAUAAAACGAUUUCAAUGGCUGAUCAAUUAAUGAUCUCGGGGAAAAAAGCAGUGCCGAUUCCUUUUGUUGCUAUUCGAUCUGGGUUCCAUUCAGAUUCUGUAAAUUUCCGAGCUUCUUCGGAGGGGUGAUUGUUGGUGUUCAAGAGAGAAAACCGAUGUCAUUUCUCAGAGGAUUUUCUCGGAUUUCUUCCAAGUUUCCGAGAAAACGAAGCUUCUUCUGCUACCCUUCUUUUCUCGGUCCUCGUCCGCACCUCUACGUGCCCGGACAGGAUCAUUCUCGCUAUGACUCUACAAAGGAGGCUCCGCGGUUUUCUCGGGCAGGAGAUGCGAUUGAGGGCUUCAGUUUCAGAGGAUCAUAUCCAUGGAGAUGUCCUGUUUCUGGUAAUUUUAGACAUCAACUCUAUCGUGAGAGCAGCUCCUUAGUCGAGGAGGAGCUUGACCCGUUCUUGCUUGUCGCCGAUGAGCUGUCUCUUCUCGGUAAUAAAUUGCGAGCGAUGGUGGUUGCUGGGGUUCCAAUGCUUGCCUCUGCAGCUGAGUAUUUCUUUAAAAUGGGGGUUGAAGAAAAACGCUUUCGUCCAACGGUCUUGCUGUUGAUGGGAAAUUCUCUAAAUGUACGCUUACCAGAAGUAUCAGUUUGUGAAUCUGCAGAUAUACCGGUAUCAGAACUGCGUGAAAGGCAACGGUCUAUAGCUGAAAUCACAGAGAUGAUACAUGUUGCGAGCCUUCUCCAUGAUGAUGUCUUGGAUGAUGCAGAUACAAGGCGCGGUGUUGGUUCAUUGAAUCUUGUGAUGGGCAACAAGCUGGCUGUAUUAGCCGGUGAUUUCUUCCUCUCCCGAUCUUGGGUGGCUCUUGCUUCUUUGAAAAAUACAGAGGUUGUGUCGUUGCUUGCAACAGUUAUUGAACUUCUUGUUACGGGCGAGACAAUGCAGAUGAGUAGCACAUCCGAGCAGCGUCACUGUAUGGACUACUAUAUGCAGAAGACAUAUUAUAAGACUGCAUCGUUAAUUUCACAUAGCUGCAAGGCCAUUGCCCUUCUUGCCGGGCAAACAGCAGAAGUUGCCAUGCUAGCUUUUGAGUACGGGAAGAAUCUGGGUUUGGCAUACCAAUUGAUAGAUGAUGUCCUUGCUUUCACAGGCACAUCGACUUCUCUCGGGAAAGGAUCUCUAUCUGACAUCCAGCAUGGAAUCAUAACAGCUCCAAUCCUCUUUGCAAUGGAAGAAUUCCCGCAACUAAUCGAAGUUGUUCAUCAGGGGUUUGACAAUCCGAACAACGUUGACAUUGUGCUCGAGUACCUCGGAAAGAGCAGGGGAAUACAAAGAACGAGAGAGUUGGCCUUGGAGCACGUCAACCUUGCUGCUGUGGCUAUCAGGUCGUUACCUGAAACCGACGAUGAAGAGGUGAAAAGGUGUAGGCGUGCACUCAUUGAUCUCACCCAUAGAGUCAUCACCCGAAAAAAGUGACCAACUCUCUCUUCAGUCAGUUUCUCUUUAUACCCGAACUCUUUUCGCUUGCUGCUUCGACCGUUGAUAGCAAUGAUGUGAUUCAUCAGAGGGAUUGGGUACCAUCCGCUCUCGGGCCAAAGAACCUGACAAACCCAACAACAGGCUAUCAUCGUAUCAGAGGUUUCUUCAUCGAAUCAGCUUCUGUGUCGAGUUUUGUUUUUUGUAUGCAGAGUUUUGUCUGUGAGCUUACAUGGUGUAGAGUUGAGAGGAGGAGUUUGAUGUCAGUUUCCUUCCCAUUUAACCAAUGUGUUAUCUCUC